AUGAUUCAAGAAGAUUACCACAGUCAAAAUCCCUACCACAAUGCAGUCCAUGCUGCAGACGUUACUCAGGCCAUGCACUGUUACUUAAAAGAACCUAAGCUUGCCAAUUCUGUAACUCCUUGGGAUAUCUUGCUGAGCUUAAUUGCAGCUGCCACUCAUGAUCUGGAUCAUCCAGGUGUUAAUCAACCUUUCCUUAUUAAAACUAACCAUUACUUGGCAACUUUAUACAAGAAUACCUCAGUACUAGAAAAUCACCACUGGAGAUCCGCGGUGGGCUUAUUGAGAGAAUCUGGUUUAUUCUCACAUAUGCCAUUAGAAAGCAGGCAACAAAUGGAGACUCAGAUAGGUGCUUUGAUACUAGCCACAGACAUCAGUCGUCAGAAUGAAUAUCUGUCAUUAUUUAGGUCCCAUUUGGAUAGAGGUGACUUAUGCCUAGAAGACACCAGACAUAGGCAUUUGGUUUUACAGAUGGCUUUGAAAUGUGCUGAUAUUUGUAACCCAUGUCGGACCUGGGAAUUAAGCAAGCAGUGGAGUGAAAAAGUAACAGAGGAAUUCUUUCAUCAAGGCAAGUUACAAUAUUGCAAAUAA